UCCCAUCAUCAUCACCUCCUCCACGCCGCCGAUGGACAAUAGUGAAGACCCUAACAAGUUAGCGUCCACUCUUUAUGACCCCACCUCCUCCGUCAAGCAACCCCUCCUCUCCAAACCAUACCCAACACUUGACCCACCCAUAGCUUCCACCUCUGAAACUGAAGACGACCAAACCCAGUUCCUUCAGAUCUCUUACAAUUAUGGCCCUCGCUCCAUCAAAGAUUUACCUUUUCUUCUUCUCUUUUCUCUACUCGUUCUCUGCACUUUCGGCUUUGGAAUCUUCGCCUCUGUCAACAGGAACCCCCACCGCUCCCAAGUUUCGUCUUUUAUUUACAAUACCACCUCAUCUUCUUGCACUUUCGUUAAGGAUUUGCAGAGUCCCUUCUCUUCGAAUUCUUCGCCCUGGAGUUCUUUUGACAGUGUGAGUGAAAGCUCAACUCCUAAUGGUAGACCCACUUAUCCAAGUGCCUCAAAAUCGACUUCUUCGGAGAGUUUGCAUGCGAAUUUCUCUUUUCCCGAGCACCCCACUUCAUUGAACUACUCAACUUCGACUCGUUCCAGGAGUACAAGUGAAGAUUCCUCUUCGUCUGACUAUUCCGUUUCUUUCAAGUCCCCAAGAUCAACUUUUUUAAACGCUUUGCUGGAUUGUACAUCCUUUCUUGGCAACCCCUCUUCCUUGAACUCCAUAAACUCGAGUGUUUUGAAGAGCUUGAUAUGGACGCUUGUAAUCACUCUAAUUCUGAGCGGGCCCUUUGUCUUGUUCGUGCUUUUGUUGCUCAAGCACUACACUAAACAGAUAGUUUAUGCCUCGCUCCCUUUCUUUGUGAUAGUUCCAAUUUUCAUUAAUGUGUACUGGUUUGUUGCUUGCACGGUGAGCUCCAGAUGCAGUGAGGCCUUUCCUUUGGCAUAUCGGAUUUUUGUCCUCAUUUUCGUCUUCUUGAUAAUUGGGGUUAUUGUGUGGAUAUUUGUAAUGAACUGGCAUAGAAUUGAGUUGACUGUGAGCAUUAUUGGUGUAGCUUCGAAUGCAUUGUCCAGAAACUUAGGAUUGUUCGGAGUUCUUCCAGCUCUGAUUCUGGGGUUGCUUGUGUUCUAUGUACCCGUUGUUGUGUUUCUGAUAUUCGCUAACCGGAAUGGGAAGAUCGUGCCCAGAGAAAAGCAUGGGGAAUACUAUUGUGUUUGGAAACAGGAUAGCUGGGUGCCUGCUUACUAUACAUUUGCAAUUUUGAUGAUGCUGUGGUCUGCCACUGCUAUGGUGGAAGCUCAAAUAUAUGUGAUCAGUGGAACUAUUGCACAAUGGUAUUUCUCCAAGGACGAUUCGGGGCCAAAGCAUGGGAUAAGAAGUUCCUUAAGAAACGCAUUUGGCCCGUCCUCUGGGACAAUAUGUUUCUCUGGAUUGCUUAUCUGUGUUGUCCGUAUAGUACGCUCUGUGGUUGAUAAUGCAAGGCAAGAAGACGCUUCUGGGAUUGUGAAUCUUAUUCUGCGGUGCUGCGCCAAUACCCUAUUGUCAGCAGUGGAGUUUCUGAACAAGUUCACCAUUAAUUUCGCUGCCAUAACUGGUGAAGCAUACUGCAGUGCUGCAAGGAUGACAUAUGAACUUCUCAAACGCAACCUUCUAUCAACAGUAUUUGUGGAGACUGUUUCCACUCGAAUACUGGCUGGAAUUGUCCUUGUACUAUCAGCAAUUUAUGCCAUAGUGGUGUGCGUUCUUCUGAAAACUGUUGUUCAUCUAGGGGAUGAUGCAUAUUUUGUUGCUCUUAUGGCAUGGAUAUUGCUGAUUGUGGUUCUGGGCUUCUUUGUGCACGUCUUGGACAAUGUUAUUGAUACAGUGUAUGUAUGCUAUGCCAUCGACCGAGACAGGGGAGAGGUUAACAAACAGGACGUCCACGAGGUCUACGUUCACCUCCCAAUCAGCAGAAGUCAUAGGGGGGCAGGUUUUGUCGCCAGAACUCCGCUGCUUGUGUAAUCAUAUCCUCAUUUGGUUCAUCUGUUGUAUUAUCUGUAACUGGUUUUGCUUGGAGGUAUAAUUGCCAGACGGCAAAUUGUGCAUAUUUGAGAUGUUAUCUUGUACCCAGCGUUGUUCAAUAAAAAUGUUCAUUUUUGUAGCAGAA